CCGACAUAAAACCAACGAAGAAGAAGACAACAACAGAGCCAAACCGUUGCUGUUUUUUUUGCUUUGCUCAUCCAUGCUUGUAAACGUUACGUUACAGCUUUGGUAGAAAGCACACGAAAUGAGACGCCUGGGUUCCGUACAGCAGAAGAUACCGUGUGUGUUUCUGACUGACGUGAAGGAAGAACAGUCCAGAAAACGCGACUGUCAGCAAUUUCAGGUUGUUGCCACAGAAAAUGUGAACCCUGUUGCUCUGGAGGCUAACGUACAUAGUGCGCUUGCCACUGAAAAACUUGAUGGCACCUGCUGCUAUGUUACAGUUCAUAAAGGGCAGCAUUACCUGUGGGCUCGACUUGACAGAAGACCAAACAAACAAACAGAGAAGAGGUUUAAAAAGUACCAACAUUCUCACAAAAGUUGUAAAGGUUUCACGUGGAACAUAGAGGAAGAUUUUAAACCGGUGCCAGAAACAUGGAUCCCAGCUCAUGGAGUCAAACAUCACAACGGCCGUCCAGUGCCCGAUGAACAUGGACAUAUUCCAGGCUGGGUUCCAGUGGAGAGAGACAACAAGCAGUACUGCUGGCACUCCUCUGUGGUGGAUUACAACGUUGGGCUUGCUCUUGUUCUCAGGCCUCGACGUGACAACGAAGACAUGUUAGAAAUCACAUCAGUCCCAUUAGCUGAGCUCCAGGAACAAACACUGGAGCUUAUUGGAACCAAUGUCAAUGGAAACCCAUAUGGGCUGGGCAGCAAAAAGCAGCCUGUCCACUGCCUGGUUACACAUGGGAGUGUUCCAAUCAGAAACCCACCACCUGUGGACUUCCAGCAGCUGUGCUCCUGGUUUCACGAGAAUCCAGACGGUCGAGUUGAGGGUAUAGUCUGGCACUGCAGUGACGGCACUCUCAUCAAGGUUCAUCGUCAUCACCUGGGACUGAAGUGGCCAGAAGUGAACACUUGCCUUGGUAACAAGCCGGCGGCCAUCCGUGUCGACGCUUACGGCAGCACAGACCUGUUUACAUCGUUUGUAGCACUAAAUGGACACUGCUUCAGCCGGCUUCAGGACAUUCACUUUGAGCUAUAAGUCCAUGCGGGGAAAACGGAUUUCUUUUCUCUCCGGAUCUUGUGAGGAUCUGCCGCUUUGCUGAUGGAUCCCUGAUAUUUCAUCUGUAAUUCCAUGCGAGUCAUUUACAAUCCUAUACUCAUAUAGAUUAAUUUAUUCCACAGAAACCAGUUAAGAACUGCUGCUUUUUGAAUUCAUGAAAGUCUUAAGAGUAGCUUACAGUGAGUGAGCUGUUAGUGGAAGAAAUAAGGAGAAAACUGACUGCCAAAGUUUAACGUUUAGCACAAAAAAGAAACGGUGAA